AUGGGGUUAAUUCACGUGUGUCUGUUGAAUGGAUCACAAGUGUCACUGGUGUUAAUUGAUCGUAGUUGCGGGUUUGUGAGGCUUGUCGACACAGUUAUGAAAGAGUUUAGCUUUGACCCUGCAAAAGUUGCUGUGACAAUGAAAUAUCGAAAAACAGACCCUGCGAAAUAUCCAAUUCACAUCGAUGUGACAACUGCAGAUAUCGAAAAACAGCCUAUUGCGCUAUCAGUUGAUGUUCAAUCGAACGAACAUGGAUUUUCAUUAACAGAUAUGUCAUCAGACAUAUGUGGAGCAAUAAUGGAUCCAUCUAGUGACAAUCUUGAGCAUGAGGUCACAGUUGUGGCGGUGGCAGAUGCUAGGGAGGUAGAGGAAGGAAGAGUCUUCCGUAACAAGGAAAUAAUGAAAUUGAGUUUGUCGUUUUAUGCAAUCCAAAACAUGUUUGAGUACGUGGUUGUUCGGUCCGAUAAGAAAAACUAUCUUGUAAAAUGUUCACGUGAUGAGUGUAAUUGGAUAUGUAGAGCAUCGAAGUUAGCCAGAACAGAUAUGUUUAAAAUCAGACACAUUGCAGAAGGUCACAUAUGUGCUUCAAACAUCGUACUCAGUACUCAUAGACAAGUAACAAAGAUGGUUGUGUCAACUUGCAUUAAGUACAAGUACACAUCAUCGCGCACAAUAUACACACCGAAUGAUAUACGCAACGACAUGCUGCAUACAUAUGGAGUAUCUUUGAAUUAUGUCCAAGCUUGGCGAUCUCGAGAGGAAACUCUGAAAUUGCUUAGGGGUGAUCCAACUGAUUCAUUCAAUAAGAUACCAGCCUUUUUUUCUGUGCUACAACAAACAAAUCCUGGAUCAGUCACAAGUCUAGAAAUUGAUGGUCACAAUAGGUUUAAAUAUUGUUUUAUGGCACUAGGUGCAUCUAUACGGGGAUGGAAACAUUGUAGGCCAAUUGUUGUGGUUGAUGGCACCUAUCUAAAUGGACACUAUGGUGGCACCUUAUUCACGGCAUGUACACAAGAUGCAAAUAACAGCAUUUAUGUACUUGCUUUCGGGAUUGGGGAUAACGAGAAUGACAACUCCUGGACAUAG